UGGGUUUUUUUUAUCCGAAGAGCGUCAAGUUUUCUAUCUUUGUUUGCCCCCCUCUUGUCUAAUCUCACACCUAAAGCGGCUGCUCGCUCGCAGGUUAAACGAGGGACAAGCUGUUUUGUUUUCAGCGUUGCUAUUUCAAUUGGCCAGUUUUCCUGCUCGACUUAGCCUGUGGAGGUGGUUGGUAGGUAGGCUGGUACUAAGUGCGUGUGUGUGUUGUGUGUGUGUGUUUGUGUGUGUGUGUGUACGUAUGUGAGGACAGUGUGUGCAGCUGAAAGCCGGUUACCUAAAAGGGCUGUGCCAGGCCAGGCCAAAGUGGGUUAAUAAAAAUAACCAGCGUAGGAGCAGCGACAAUCCAGGAGUGCAGGCAGAGGAGUUAGAGAGAUGCAGAGAGAGAGAACGGAGAGACAAGAGUAGAAGAAUCUGUCGCUGGUGGUUUACCUGAGAUUAAGUCUUUCUGUUAUGAGGACGGCAGGAUGGAGUUCCCAGACCACAGCAGACAUUUACUUCAGUGUCUGAGCGAGCAGCGGCACCAGGGCUUCCUGUGUGACUCCACGGUGCUGGUGGGCGAUGUCCAGUUCCGGGCCCACCGUGCUGUGUUGGCCUCAUGCAGCAUGUACUUUCACCUCUUCUACAAGGACCAGCUGGACAAGAGAGACGUAGUGCACCUCAACAACGACAUUGUCACGGCCCCGGCCUUUUCCCUGCUCCUGGAGUUCAUGUACGAGGGCAAGCUGCAGUUCAAGGACCUUCCCGUAGAGGAUGUGCUGGCAGCGGCCAGCUACUUGCACAUGUAUGACAUAGUCAAGGUGUGUAAGAAACGUUUGAAGCAGAAGGCCACGGCGGAGGCGGACAGCACGCGCAGAGAGGAAGACGGUGGAUCGAGCUGCUCCGAUAAGGCUGACAGUCUAUCAGACGGGUCUAUAGGCCGGCCGGCUACAGCUGAUCUGCUGCACAGUGAUGAAGAAGAGGAGGGGAAAGCCGAGGGAGGACCACUGUGGCUGAGGCUGCCGUCAGCAGACAGACCAGGGACACCAGCCAUGGCUACAACCAGCCCAGGACAUGGCGAGGCGGAGAUGCAGGGCGGAGAAGCGAUCGGGGAGGGAGGGAAGCUUCUCUCCCCGGCCGGCAGCCCCACCAGCUCCACUGGAUCCCUCUCACAGAGGUCCCACCGCUCCGUGAGCUCUCGUGGAGGGCACAGAGGCAGGAGGGUGUCAAACGACGCGGCUGACUGCGUCCUGGAUCUGUCAGUCAAGCCGAUUGCCGGUAGCAACCACAGUAACCACCACCAGUCCUAUUUCAGUGGGGCAGCUACACCGGACAGCCUCCAAAGCCCAUUGGCUGUGAGGGUGAAGGUGGAGAGGGGUGUGGCUUCAGAUGAGGAAGAGGAACUGGGAGGUGGGGACUAUGACAUGGAGCACAGCGGCAUCCCCAAGGCGACGGUUCCCAGCACCAACGGGGGCCUGACCCACCACGGGGUCGGAGGGCCUCUGUCGGCCCAGCGGAGGCUCGGCCUGGAAGCUCACCUGUCGGCUCUGCGAGAGGCCUCUCUGGCCUCAGAGCUGGAGCGGGAGGAGAAGCCUUCGGCCACGGCAGACGACGAGGACAUACUGGGGGGUGAAAACGAGCGCGCCCAGGCCGAGGUGGCCAGCAUGGAUAGUUCCUUGCUCCCCUACGUCUCCAACAUGCUGUCAGCUCAGCACACCCAGAUCUUCAUGUGCCCGCUGUGUAACAAGGUUUUCCCCUCCCCGCACAUCCUCCAGCUCCACCUCAGCUCCCACUUCAGGGAGCAGGAGGGCAUCCGCUCCAAGCCCGCCGGAGACGUCAACGUGCCCACCUGCACCAUCUGCAGCAAGACCUUCUCCUGCAUGUACACGCUGAAGCGCCACGAGCGGACACACUCCGGUGAGAAACCCUACACCUGCACCACCUGCGGCAAGAGCUUCCAAUACUCACACAACCUCAGCCGCCACGCAGUGGUGCACACGCGCGAGAAGCCGCACGCUUGCAAGUGGUGCGAGCGGCGCUUCACGCAGUCCGGGGACCUCUACCGACACAUUCGCAAGUUCCAUUGCGAACUGGUCAACUCGCUGUCAGUGAAGAGCGAACCACUGGCACUGCCCAAUGUCAGGGAUUGGGCGAUUGAGGACAGUUCCCAGGAACUGUGGAAGUAGAAACAGACUGCUGGGUUUGAAGAAGGGAAAGAGAGCGCGGAGUGAAAUAAGGGCAGAGAGGCAUGGGGAGGUGAAAGGGAGGUGGCGAUGUUUGAUAUUCGGGGUUCAAGUGAGUCAUGUUCUUGUGUGUGUCGCAAAAUCUCAUUCAAUUGCACUUUAAUAGCACAUGAAAAUGUUACUACUGAGUUUUUUUUGUUGUUGCUGUUUUGGGGUAAUUUUGUUUUUAUUAUAUUCUGAACUUUUUUUAUUUUAUUGGCAUACGUUCUGUUUGGUGGUUUGCAUUGCGUCUGAGGACAUGGGUCCCACAGUGAGAAUGUCUCGCCUUUUUAUUCCCACCCCCCCCCCCCCUCCCUCUCUCUCCCCUCUCCCCUGAAGAAUAUUUCACUCUGGUUCAUCUCAGACACUCCCCGACGCUGGCCAGCGUUGUCGGUCCCAGUUCCACAGACGAGCAAACACCACCGCAGGAGUUCAGGUCGAACACACUGAAGUGAAAAAAAAAAAAAAAAAAGCAUUAAAAUACACUAAACGGGUACUGUGAUCACAAGUCGAUAACCACCACCACACGCACACACACACACGGUUUGAAGAAGUGUGUGUGUGAAUGUGCGUGCGUGCGUGAUACUGCACUACUCUGGCAAAAAUUUUCACCUGACGUGCGUGAGUGUGUGUGUGAGUGUGUUUUUUCGUGUGUGUGUGUGUGUAUCAAUUUUUAUUUUCUAACUGGCAUGGAGGUGUCGUUGGCGAAGCGCUGCCCGCUUCUCUCGUUUAAGCUCUUUGGUGGCGUCGUGUGUUCAGGGUAAAGCUGACUGACUGACAGACAAACUGAUGGCACUCAUGCAAUGCACAGCCUCCUUUUUUUCACUUCCAAUCAAUUUGAAGUAUUUUCUAAAAAUGAAAAAGACCUUUACAAAUUAUUAUAAUAAUUAUUAUUAUUAUUAUUGUUAUUAAUAGAAUUGUUUUUCUUAAAUGUAGCUGGCAGUCUUUAAAAUCAUCUCUUGUUAAAAGGUAUUUAAUUUAAGGUUGUUGUAUAUUGUUCUGCUAUAGUUUUAGGACUUUAAUCCGUUACUUUUUUUUUUUUUUUUAAAUUAAUGAUUAUUAUUUUUAUUAAUUUUGUUACUUUUUUUGUAAUGGGACCUGCUGUUGUUGCAUGACGUCCAAACCUGUAUAUUUUAAAAUAAAAAAAAUGUGAAUUUGCUGUAUUACUGUACACAUUGUAAUUGAUCAAAUAUUUGACAAUGGGCUUUUUCCUUUUUUUUUCUUUUCUUUUCUUUGUGAAUACUACUCCAGGGUGCGGUCUGUUGAAAAACUGAAUAUUAUUCUCACGACUAUGGAAAAAAAAUGCAUGAACAUUUGAUUUUUGUCUUAAACCUUUUAAGUUGUGGUUUUUGCAUCGGGGCGGGGGGAAGGGGGAAUGUUUGAACAUGAACACUUUUGACAGUGGAAAGUUUUUUUUGUUUUUUUGUUUUUUUUUCUCAGUUUUCUACUCGUCGUAGGUCUGUCGCUGGGCUCCUAGAAGAAUGUUACCGAAUGUGUUUCCGUCGGAUGUUGAAGCGAUAUGAUGAAGCAUUUUAAGCCUGUGUCUAUAUGCACUGAUCUCUCUGCUGCGCAUGUGUGUGUGUUUGUGUGUGUGUGUGUGUGUGUGUGGGGCUUGGUUAUUACCAGUCAAUUAAACCUACUGAAGAUCUACGUCCACCCAGCACUUCCUGCUCCUGCUCCUCCUCAGGCGUUAGAUUUCUCCACUGCUGUAUGUUUGUUUUUCCCACCUCUCAUGCCUCCGUCCUCUCCAAGCCAUUUUCUUAAUUAUCUCUAAGCUCACUGGAGACUUAUUUCAGGUCUGUCGAGUGCAGUCACGUGGCUCUGGCUUGGCUAAAAAAGUGUGAAGAAUAACGGAGAGACAGAGAGAGAGAGAGAGAGAGAGAGAGAAGCUGAAACUGAGCUGUCCUGCUGAAAGUUGAAGGGUCAGAUAUCUUUGUCGCACCGUUGAGUCAUGUCGAGCCGAGCUGUGCUGAGCUGAACGGGGCCGUGCUGAUUCAGUGCAAUAACCCACUUCAACUCAGCGCAGCGUAUAUCACAUUAGACGCAGCGGUGUGUGUGUGUGUAUGUAUGUGUGUGUGUGUGUGUGUGUGUUUUCCUCUUUAAACAUCUUCACUUUGAGAUCGAUGGGAGAGAAUUGGCAUGCCUGAAUGCACCUUUUUAAGCUCAAAGACAUGAAAUCAGAUUUUUUUGCUGAAAAGAUGCCUUUAUUAAAAAAAAAAACCUUAAAAAAAACAACAUUUCUGGCGCUAUGGAAGUAUUUGAUACUGUAGAGCAUUGGGAAAUAAUUGUUUAAAAUCAUGUAUAAAUUCAUUGAAUUUAUCAGAAAAUGAUGUCUUAUAUUUUGCUCAUGUGAUUGGAAAACUUUUUUUUUUUUUUGGUAUGUGAAUGUUGUAUUUACGUUCGGGCUACAUCAGUUUAACGUUUUCUUCAACCUCCACCUUCGUAUCUCAAACAUUCUUGGGUUAUAAUUAAAAAAAAAAAGAACGUUCAAGCGUUUAUACGUUGAGAUACGAGGAGGUGAACGCUCCACAUCUCCCCUCAGUCCGAUGUGUGUGUGUGUAUGUUUGUAUAUGUAUGUGUGCAUUCCUCCAUUGAUGUGCAUGUGGUGGGUGGGUGGGUUGGUCGUAUGUGCCGUCCUGUCAUCUGGUGGCAUCGGCUCAUUUUUAAAAAAUCUCUUGUUACUUCUUCACUGGCAGCGUCUCUGCAUAUGGACUCACUCCAUCCUGCUGUUGUUUUCUCUGGUUGUACUUGACCGCCUUAAACUGCUGUAGUCCGGGCUGUUUUUUUUGUUUUUUUCUUGAAGUGUGAGUGUUGGGGUGGAGUUGUGGGAGCGAUGUCAACCGCUCAAGACGCUGUGAAGUAACCACCCUGUCAUGAAA